AUGCUGAAGAAGAGUCUGGAACGCCUGGGUAAACUGAUCCAGACGAUGAUCCAUCUCGUCCAGACGAGCCUCACAGGAACCCUGAAGUCCCACCGAAGCGGGUCUCAUGAUGGUUCUCCAUUGCAUAAACAGGGAUCUACCUCUUCAGUUGGUGCAGAAAAAUCAAGUUCAAAGAUCACUGAGGUUGGAGAUGAGUUCUUGGGAGACUUUGUGGUUGGUGAACGUGUAUGGGUCAAUGGAGUAAAGUCUGGAGUGGUACAAUACUUGGGAGAAACCCAAUUUGCCCCAGGACAGUGGGCAGGAGUUGUUCUGGAUGACCCAGUAGGAAAGAAUGAUGGAUCGGUUGGUGGAGUUCGCUAUUUUGAAUGUCAACCAUUACAGGGGAUUUUUACUCGUCCAUCCAAGUUGACUCGCCAGCCUGUGGCAGAUGGUGCAGGAAGUGAUUCUCAUUCUGUGGAAUCAUUGACUACACAAAACUUGUCCCUGCAUUCUGGAACUGCCACCCCACCUCUAACUACACGCAUCGUUCCACUUCGAGAAAGUGUGCUAAACAACACUAUAAAAACAGGAAAUGAAUCGGGAUCAAAUCUUUCAGACAGUGGGUCAGUUAAAAAAGGUGACAAAGAUUUACGGAUUGGAGAUCGUGUUUUGGUUGGUGGUACAAAGACCGGAGUGGUUCGCUACGUGGGAGAGACGGAUUUUGCAAAGGGCGAAUGGUGUGGAGUUGAGUUAGAUGAGCCUUUGGGCAAGAACGACGGUGCAGUGGCAGGAACCAGGUACUUUCAAUGUCCACCAAAAUUUGGCCUUUUUGCUCCCAUUCACAAGCUUCGCCCCCUGGACCUCAUCAACGCAGUUCUGAGCAGUCGCCCAGAACUCCGCCUCCGGACCCGUCCAGACGCGCCCCUAUUGAUACAGACAGGAGGAACGCCGCUGGACCGGGAGCGGAUGCCGGUGAUUGGGGACCUGACCGUCCGCAUCAAGGGAGACAUCCGUCACCCCCCGGUAACGGCUGCUCGCGAACGGUCCUCUGCCCGCGAGCACCCGACACCGAGGGAGAGAUAG